CGCACAUUCGGACUCCUCUCCCCUAUUAUGCAAUUCAAAAGAACAACAUAAACCAAAUUGAAAGAGGCUCUUAUUAAGAAACAGUUUGGGUAAUGAGCAGGGCAGGCUUUUGGGCAGAACCAUGGCCGCCUAUGCUUGUACUUCACGCCCAAUUCACCUUAUCCUCUUCGACGCACCAGUUUUGUCUCCCCCCUUCCAUGUUCAAAGCAAGGUCAUUUGCUGCCAAUUAAAAAGCUCUCAUAAACUUGUGUGCAAAUCCAACAGAGCAAAUACAUCUAUCCGUUUAAGGCCAAGCAUAUUAGAGAAGCAGCAGCAACAUAGCAGCAGUAAUGGCUUAUUUGAGAACGGGAGGUGGAGAAUUCGUUCCGGCGACGAGGACUUCAAUGCCGGAGAGGGCGAGGGGGAAAAUGAAGAUGGGCUGGGCAAAGAUGAGGGCGAGGAGGAGGAUACCCUCGAUUGGAACGAUUACGAGACUGAUUACACCAAUGAUACUUCAGGCAAUGAUUUCAACACUCAUGAAAGUGGAACUUUGGUCAACACUCAAGGUUGGAAGAGCGAGAUGCUAGUCCCCCAUACUAUAAACCAGAACGAGUUUCAUAAAAUUCAUCUCCUUGACUGUGAUUUUUUCAUUAGAAAGGUGCCUGACCCGGAUGACGAUGUCUUCGACUUUAGAGAGAUGUAUGUAUCUCCUCCUGAUAUUGAUGUUUAUUCAAUCCCAGAAGUUGUGGGGAAAAUGCCCAACAAGUAUAUCCGUUUGAGGAAAUCUGAUUAUGGGUGCUACAAUGUCAUUGAACUACCAGUGUCUCGAGUUCGGGAUCCUUUUGCUAAAACAGAGUUUGAAGUGAUGAAGGUAUUCUUGAUGAAGCAUUAUGAGAAUAGAAGGGCAGAUGAUCCUAAUUUUGUGCUAGAUUUUGAAGAGAUUUAUGUAAUAGAUUCCAAGACAAAAUCAAUUUCAAGAGCAAAUGUUCUGCUUUCAAUGGCCUUGGGUAUCAAAAAAGAGGAGUUCUUUAAUCUGAUGAACAAAGGUUACAUAAAGCUGAAGGAUGAAGAUGUAAUGUGUGUUGAAUGGUGGCUGAAAUUCAAGGAUGAAGAGGAAAACGAUGAUGUGCAGAACUAUUCUCUGUUGCAUUAAAUUUAACUGAAAGUCAGGGAUAAGGAGCACACAACUGCGGAAAAGGAAUCUAGUACAAAAACUAUGACCAACCUGCACAAGAGAAUUUGAAGGCAUCUCUCCUUUUUUGACUCUUGCUUACUCUACUUUAUAUGAUGUUAUGAUGACUGUGUAUUGACCCCACAAACUGUUUGUAUGGGCUGUUUUGUUUGUGGUUCUUGUCGGGGAGUUUUGCUGAAUAGUUGGUCUGUGUAGCUGUGGUCCAAAUUCACCUUUGAAAUUCAGUAGUACUUUUGUGGUAGGGGCUAGUGAUGAGUCGUUUGGACAACUUAGGGUAACAAGCAAAGGGCUUAGCAAAGGUGGAGCAAGCAGUCACAUGGUAGAAAGGGUACAUGACCAGGCAUGCAUCAAACAAAAUUUGGGGCAAGGUUUCAUUAAAAUCCUAGGGAACCCCUUGUAGAGGGGGUGCAUGCAGGCAUAGCCCUUGUGGUUGCACAUGGGAUUUGAAGGAAUCUGAGUUGGGGAGGCCAGGGUGAUUUUUCUUGGCAAUUUGUGGUGGCUAUUUGUUUGAUAGUUUGUGCUUGGUGAUUUGCAAUGGCAGUUUACUUGUCACUUUGUGUAGACCACUGGUGGUUUAAGUUGGCAAUUGGCAAUACUUGGCAAUGCCUGAUAACAUUAAGGUACCACGUGGAGGCCUCUGAUUGUAUUCAUUCAGUUGAUGUGUAAAAAUUGAAAAAUUCCAAAAUUUGGAUGAGUUGGUUGACAUGUGUAUGAGUGCCAUUUGGCCAAAAUUUGGCAUAUUUAUGUAAUCAUCAGUUCAUAUGA